CCUGUGCCUGUGUUUCCUCUAAGUCCUGUCUGCUCGUGUCGAUAGGUGAUCCAUUAACCAGGCCUGCAAGCCGGUCAAUGAUUGCCGAGUCCAGCGAUCCAAAGUUCGACGCGACAAAAACAUGUGCAAAAAAUAUGAUUAACGGGGGAGCGUCAUGUAUUUGAGAACAUUCCCCGGUAGGGUUUUGCACGGAUUUCUGAGGCGGGGUCUGGCUGCCUCCGGCAAAACCCCCGGCACGGAGGAUGCAGCAGCACGGGGUUACUACAACACCGGCGGGGCCCAGCAGAAUCCCGGCCCGGCCGGGGCGGCCCACGUCCGGCUGGUGGACCUCCGCAGCGACACGGUGACCAAGCCGGGGCCGGCCAUGCGCCAGGCCAUAGCCGAGGCCGAGGUGGGGGAUGACGUGAUGGGGGAGGACCCGACGGUGAACGAGUUGCAGAAAAUCGCGGCCGACAUGUUUGGCAUGGAGGCCGCCCUGUUUGUCCCCACGGGAACCAUGAGCAACCUCAUCGCAGUGAUGGUGCACUGCCGGGAGCGGGGCGACGAGAUGAUCGUGGGAGACCUGUCCCACCUGCACGUGUACGAGCAGGGGGGCAGCGCCCAGCUGGCGGGCGUCCACGCCACCACCGUGCCCACCCUCCCCGACGGGACGUUCCACCUGGACGGGCUGGAGUCCAAGAUCCGCCACGGCUACCCGGACCCGCAUUACCCGCGCUCGCGGCUCAUAUGCGUGGAGAACACACACAACAUCCAGGGAGGCCGGGUGCUGCCCCUGGCCUUCCUGCAGGAGGUCCGUGCUUUAGCUGAGCAGUACGGUCUCUCGGUUCACAUGGAUGGGGCCAGGGUGAUGAACGCUGCCGUGGCCCAGGGGGUGCCUCCAUCCACCAUCCUGCAGCACACACACACAGUCAGCGUCUGCCUCUCUAAGGGUUUGGGUGCUCCCGUGGGCACCAUGCUAGCUGGACCGCGGGACUUCAUCUCCAGAGCGGUUCGGUGCCGAAAAGCUCUGGGCGGAGGAAUGAGGCAGGCCGGAGUUCUCGCCGCGGCUGGGAAACUGUCUUUGCAGGAGAUGGUUGGACGACUGGAGGAGGACCACCGCAACGUGAAAACCUUCGCUCAAGCCCUGCUGGACUGCCAGCCGGCUCUGUUUGCCGUCGACAUGGCCGCCGUGGAGACCAACAUCCUGCGCUUCCGUCUGCGGGAUUCCACGUGGAGCACCCGUGACUUCUGCGCCCGUAUGGGUGAGGUCGGGGAGGGGGAGGAGGCGGCUCUGGGGCAGGGGAUACGCGUCCUCAUGUAUCCCCACUUUGGGAACUCCAUCAGAGCCGUGUGGCAUCUCGGGAUUUCUCCUGAAGACACCCAGCUAGCCAUCCAGAAAAUGCGGUACGUGGCGUCUGGACGUUCGAAAGAAAACGUCAGAGCCCAGUGAAAGCUCAUUGGUUGUUUUAUUUAAGGUGUAUUGAAAGUGACCCCAGAUCUGACAGGCACUUGGUAUGUGGGACAAACAAAACUUUAAAAAAAAACCUUGGAUGAUGAACUUUCAUUAUUUUUCUUUAAUUCACACUUUAAUGUUUUUAAAUUCUUAAGUUAUGUAAUAAAACCAACAUCUCCUGUCAACAAAUCUCAAAGAUUUUUUUACAACUGGGGAUUUGAAAGGUGUAUAUUUCCUGUUUAGAACUCAAUAAAUCUGAAAAUACCCACAAUAGACAUUUAAUUUUGUUUUUAUUUUAUUUGGGAAGAGUUUUUUAAUAAACAAUUGACACAAACCAAGAAUGAACUCUGAUUUAAUUAUGUGAUUUUGGCUAGAAACCCUCUGCAGUUGAAAAUGUUGACUUAAAACUAGAAAACGGGGUCCAACUGUCAAAUAAAGAAGCUAACUGCUUUUCAUAUAAUGAAAUAUUCUGUUAGGAAAGCUGACAUCCUCACAAUCACACAAAAAAAACACGAGUGCCCUACAGCUAACGCUGCACAGCAGAAUUUCAUUUUAUUCUUUCAGCAACAGGUCAUUUUAGCUGACCAAAGGUUAGUAUCACUGGACAUAAAUACACACUUUGUAUAACAUUAAAAACCAGGCUGUAUAUAUCAUGAACAAGGAGACAGUAUUUAGAAAACUAACAAAACUAAAUAAGAAUAUAUAAAUGUGGAUUUUCUUGAGGUACUGCUGCCUGUUUAUCUUGUUAAGUUGUGAGAUGCUGUAACUGCCACGUGGCCACAAGAUGGCGCCAUUACAUCAGAGCAGCCUGUUUGUAAGUUGUAGGCAGAAGCUGAGUAACGAAAUGUGCUCCAAUGGACACCUACAUCUAAACAUUUUUGACCUAAGUGCAGGAUGUCCAGUCCUUACAUUUGCACUGUGUUUUUUUUCUUGUGUCAUUUAGCAUGCUUAUUAUAAUUUUGUUUUGUAAGCAUAAUCUCUUUGUGUGUACCCACGAACAGUGCAGCAAAUGUUAUUUGAUGCUACAGAACACGUGGGCUUGCAAUAAACUAAAAUAUGAAACACCCAUGUGAGUACUGUAGCAUAGAUCCAUAAGAAAUAAGGAGUCACGUGAGCCUAUUAGCAUUUACAGAAAAGGUUUACUGACGUUACACCCGUGUCAAGAGGUAAGUAGAAAAACCAAAAACGAUUGGCAGCGGUGGGAUUCGAACCCACGCCAUCGAAAUGACUGGAGCCUAAAUCCAGCGCCUUAGACCACUCGGCCACGCUACCUCACUGACGG